AUGCAGGAAAGCUUCCGGCAAGAGACGGGACCAAGUAGAAAACGGCGAGAGAUACAGUCUCCCGAUGUGUUCAUAAGCCAUGCUGGCCCGGACAAGCUACUCAUCGCACGUCCCCUUUCCGAGAAAUUGCAAGCUCAUGGUUUAAAUUGCUUCCUCGACAAAACCUCGAUGGAGCCCGGGGACUGCGGAGAGGAUGAAAUGACGAAGGCUAUAGAGUCUGCGAAGGUCGGUGUUUUCAUACUUUCUCCCGAGUUUGCGGCUCGAAAGUGGACGAUGAGGGAACUGCGUUGCUUCCUACGCCGACGGAGAGAGGCGAUAGGGAGUGAGAUGCGGCCACCGACACUGAUUCCGGUGUUUUACAGAUUAAGUAUUCGGGAAUGCAGAGAGUUGGAGCCCGAGUUAGAGCCCGAUCGGUACCGGGAUGAUGAAGGAAAUAAUAUUUUUGAAGUUGAGAAGUUUUUUAGCUUGGAACGACAGCGCGAAGCGAGCACGGAUACGGUGAAGAGAGAGCUACAAGAGCUGGCAGGUAUCACUGGGAUCGAAAAUCACGACAGGGCAACAAACCUGCCGGGAGAUGAAUUCGGCCCUCUUGCAAGGGCGCAUCUUGUGGAGCGAGUGUUUCUGUGGGUGAAAAAGAAAAGUGAGGAGCAAGAAGACGACCGCCUUCACGAUCGUAUUCUACGACCCAGCACGAGCAUCGAUACUCGCACGGCAGUCGAGCAAGAAGCGGACCACCUUCACGAUGGUGUUCAACAAGUAAGCGCGGCCGUCGAGUCGAUCAGGGGAGGAAGGGGUGAUGUGUUCAGGGCGUCAAUAAGAGCCGAACGUAAUCCUGCGUCGAUAUGUGUGAAGCUUGAUUCUCACGGGAGCGAUGGAUUCCCGAACACGUGUGAGUCGCUUCUAAAAGCGGCUGUACUACGGAGAGAUAGGAACGAGCAAGUGGGUGCGACAGCAGUGGGACAGGGCGGAGUCGGGAAGACAUGCGCUCUACGAGCGAUCGCGCACGACAUUGAGAUUAAGGCGGAGUUUUCGGGAGGAGUGUACUUCGUGUCGUUGGGGAAAGACGGAAACGUGGGACGGCUGAUUGAAGAACUGUGUGUGAUUGUGGAAGCGUCCGGUGGCAAGCAGACGGCUGCAGAAAUGCGAGAGCAGAGCGAGUUUGGAAGGGUGUUGGCAAAGGUACAAGCGUGGUUUUGCAGUCAUGUGUGUCUGUUCAUCAUUGAUGAUGUGUGGGUGGUAAAUGAUAUAGACACGAAUAUCCUUCAAAAGUUGUCUGUUCUAGCUGACACUGCGGGGGACAGCGGGGAAAGGAGGAGCAGACUACUGUACUCCACGAGGGAUAGGGAGCUGUAUCAGAUUGGGGAGCGGGUUGCUUUCGAACCGAGGGAGAGGGUAGGGAAAGAAGCAGUUGACAUGCUCGUGCACGCGAGUGCGGCGAAUCGAGAGGAAGUGGAUGAUACGAGAUGCAAAGAGGCCGUGGGUGAAAUACUGGAAAUGUGUGGCGGAUUGCCGCUUGCCCUGAACGUAGCGGGAACGAGUGUGAGGUACAUGAGGGAAAGAUGGGAGGGAGAAGUGUCAGAAGCAUGGGGGGAGUACCUUUCGAGGAUGAAGAGCCGUAACACGAUUCGCGGGGAGAGUCCAAAGGACGGAUAUUUGUCGUUGGAUGGGACAUUGCAUACGUCACUAGAUAUCCUGGGGUCCAAUGUGGGAAGCAGUGGGGAGACGGUUGGUGAGUUUUCGUUUCGAAAGAUGCACCGGAGUCUGUGCAUCAUGAAGAAGCAAGACCGGAUACCUUUGUGUUUGGUUGGAGAUUUGUGGGAGAUAGGCGACGAGUGGACGGAAAGGUGUGCAAAGGAGAUGGAAAGGGUUGGAUUAGUAGAGUUACAGUAUGAGAAGGGUUGUGGUGGGUUGCGGGUGCAUGAUCUGACGCACGAUUUUGCGGUGGAAGAAGCGAAGAAGAAGGAGGGUGUAGAAGAGUGGUGUAAGAAGAUGGUGGAUGUAUGCAAGGCAAGAGGAGGGUUGCUUGAAAUGAGUGAGGGCCGGGACGGAGAGGGUAAGAGCGCACGGGAGGAGUAUGUUUUCGAGAACAUAUAUCGUAUUCUGAAACAGGGUGGGUGUGUAGAGGAGCUGAAGAGACUAUUUUUGAGUGCGCGAUGGGUGAAGACAGUGCUACAGAGAGGUGGGGUUUGGCAAUACGAGGAAGCUGUGAAGGGAUUGAGUAGAGACUUGAAGCGGAAAAGAGAAGGCGGGAAGCCAGGAAUGGGACGGGUAGAUGAGGAUGCAGCGGAUGCAAUGGUUUUGAUGAUGCGGGCUGCGCGACUGAGUGUACCCUUUUGUGGUGAAAGUAGUGCCGGGAUUUACUUUCAACUAUUUGGGCGAGUGAAGCACAAGGCACACGAUUCAGGUUGUGUGCGUAAGAUCCUGGAAGAAAUUGAGAGAUUCGCACCGUACGUACGGACGGUACGGACGGGGUGCGGCCUGUGA